AUAAAUACAGCGAAAAAUGGCGGCAAUUAAAACGCUCGGCGCUGGCACGACGACGUCGCAAUGAACUAAUUCGCCGGGCGGAUCAAUAGCCCGCAGUCGCUAAAAAUGGCGAACGCUGACGGGUUGGAAUAUUACAUCAAAUUCCCCAGCCCCAAUUUCAAUUACAACCAGAACAAUGGAGAUUCGGACUUUGUUUUUGUCGUCAACGAGGAAAAACUGCCCGUCAUCUUGCUGUUCGGAUGGGCGGGGUGUAAGGACAAGUAUCUGGCCAAGUACUCCCAGAUUUACGAGGAAAGGGGUUUGAUAACGCUCCGAUACACGGCACCGGUGAAAUGCCUUUUCCUGCGGAGGUAUCAGAUGCCUAGCAUCGGGGACAAACUACUUAAACUCCUCCUCGACUUGAAUUUCGAUAACCACCCGAUUAUAGUGCACUGUUUUUCCAACGGUGGAGCUUUCCUCUACCAGAAUUUCUCAUUGGCUGUGGACAAACACGUUAAACCCUUACAGAUUAAAGGCAUAAUAUUUGACUCGGCUCCCGGGAGGCGGAGAAUUUCGAGCCUGUUUCGGGCCAUGUCCGCCAUCUUGGAGGGCAACAUCAUUUACAACCUGUCCGUGUCGUUCGUAAUGACGAUGUUCCUCUCCGUCAUCUGGUUGUACGAGAUGGUGAACAGCGCAUUUUCCACGAAAAAGGUAUUUCAAACAGACCCGUUCGAAUUCCUAAAGGACGAAGUCAACAGAUGCCCUCAGCUUUUCAUCUACUCCAAAAACGACCACCUCAUUCCGCAUACGGAUAUCGAGUAUUUCGCCGAAUACAGAAGAAAGCACGGUGUCGACGUCAAAACAAUCUGCUACGAGCGUAGCCUUCACGUUAAGCAUUUGCCGGAGAACAGGGAAAGUUACGUAAACAGCGUUUGCAGCUUUAUCAACAAAUGCCUGAACGGCAAUAAUUAGUAUCUAGACAAGUUACGGAGGACCGAUCUAGUACGCUUUAAAUUAUUAACAUCGCGACGUUGCCGCGCCUUCUCUAAAGUCUUCGGAAUCAAGGAAUGUUUUUUUAAUGACUUUAAAUUUGGUUCCUCACUUUUCCGGGUUCCCUUAUUCAGAUUCGAUAUGCGGACGUGGAGUGGAAACCUUUAAGGAAUUCUUUAACUACGCUAAGACGCGUACUUGGCACAAAACGGUUUAUUUAGUUCGAUAUUUCGAAAACCUCUCUUUGGAGUUCCAGUACAAAAAGUGCACCCGAAAUCCCGCAAAAUAAGAAUGAAAACUGCACACGAGAUGUUUUAUUCUGUGAUAGGGUUAACGAUAUAUUUUGUAAAGUUUCUAUUGAUACGUUGGUUCAUUUUUUCGUAUGUUUCUUUUAACACGAAUUCAUAUUUUUUAUAGACCUAGUCUGUUGGAAUUGUUCGUAAACAUAAGGUACUAAACGAUUGUUCAAUUAAACGAUUUCAAAUGCUG